CCACCUUGAAAAUAAGGUUCCAAAUAUACAAGGAUUAAGCUCAAACCCAUCAAAAUAAUCUCGUAAUCUUCUUCUUCCCUUAAACCCCAAAUGUUCAAAUCUGCACAACCAAUGGAAACUCUCCACCGCUUCUCUCUCCGUCUCCUCCCUAUUUCUCAAUGCAUUAACCCCAACCAACACAAUCCCAUAUCUCGGGUUACUCGAACACCUUUUUCCAAACCCGAAUUCAUAUCCACGACCCGCUACUUUGUAAACCGGAAACCUCUCUCGUCCUCUUCAAUUGCCAAAGCAGGCUGGUUACUGGGUCUCGGAGAUAAGAAGAAAACAAACUUGCCUGAUAUAGUUAAAGCUGGUGACCCGGUUUUGCAUGAACCGGCCCGGGAAGUUGACCCGGAGGAAAUUGGAUCAGAAAAGAUACAGAAGAUUGUUGAUGAUAUGGUUAAGGUUAUGAGAAUGGCCCCUGGCGUUGGAUUAGCUGCUCCACAGAUUGGUAUCCCAUUAAGGAUCAUAGUUUUGGAAGAUACAAAAGAAUACAUUAGUUAUGGACCCAAGGAAGAGACCAAAGCUCAGGAUAGACGCCCUUUUGAUCUUCUGGUGAUCCUGAAUCCAAAGCUAAAAAAGAAGAGCAACAAAACUGCACUAUUUUUUGAAGGUUGUUUAAGUGUUGAUGGAUUCAGAGCAGUUGUGGAGCGAAGCCUCGAGGUUGAGGUCACAGGUUUGAGCCGUUAUGGCCAGCCUAUUAAAGUGGAUGCCUCUGGCUGGCAGGCCCGUAUACUACAGCACGAGUGUGAUCAUUUGGAUGGAACCCUUUAUGUCGAUAAAAUGCUUCCAAGAACGUUUAGAACUGUAGACAAUUUGGAUUUACCGCUUGCUGAUGGUUGCCCCAAGCUUGGUGUUCGGUAAUUCGAGCUAAAGCGUCAAUUGUAGUAUGGAUAUUGCGAAGGUGGCAGCUUAAAAUUAUGCUUGUCAGGCUCGGUGGACAGAAAUGCUGUUUCUCAUUGGCAGUUUGAAUAUGAAGUCUUACUUCGUUUUCAAUUUUCAUCACUUAUUGAAAGAGGACGUCAAGGUUCUAAUUUAUUUGAUGCUUUGUAAUAUGAUUGAAACGGUUUCUCCUGCUCAAAAUUGAAUAUUAGUUUGUUAAAAAGAAGCAUUAUAUCAUUUUUUUCCUCCA